UAAAAACGGAUGACAGUGAACUAGGACGCGCAGAUCGAUCAGAAAGUAGGGUAUCUGGGCUAAAUAGGACUGUAAAAAUUUGUUCUAUUAUGUUCUAAAAAAUGUUCUCAUUUCUAAACUGAAGCUCCCUAUAAAUAUGCGAUAAAAUCUAAAUUUUACACAAAGCCAAUUUACCAUUAUAUGAGCUACUACCCGCUUAAAGUAAAAUCUGAAUUAAAUCAUGUCUGAAAUAAAGUUAACAUACUUCAAUGGCAGAGGACGAGCUGAAGUAAUAAGACUGGUCCUUGCGGUCGCUGGAAAGAAGUUCGAAGACGUGAGACUGGACUUUGGAAAGUGGGCCGAAGAAAAGAAAAACGCACCACAAGGAACGCUGCCUUAUGUUACAAUUGGCGGAAAAACUAAAGCUGGCCAGAGUAUUGCAAUAGCUAGAUACUUUGCUAGAGAAAACGGUCUAUAUGGUAAGACUAAUCUAGAAGGUCUGUACAUUGAUGAAAUUGUUGACAUUGCUUCUGAAUUGUUGAACAGUAAAGCACCGCAAAGUAAAGAAAAAGAUGAGAAGAGAAAGGCUGAAAUGGAAAAAGAAUUCAAUGAAAACACAGCACCACGUCUACUUAAAAGUCUGGAUGAUGCUAUAUCUUCCAGAGGAAGUUCCGGCUUCGCCGUCGGAUCAUCGGUAUCGCUGGCAGAUCUUCAAAUCUUCGCAAUAUUAGGUGUUGUACAACUACCUGAUGAUGUAGUGGCCAAGUACUCGAAGUUGAAAGCAAACCUUGACAAGACUGCAAGUCUUCCGAAAGUAAAAGAAUGGGUUGCAAAACGACCUGUAACAAACUUUUGAGAUAAAAUUUGAAGAGUAGGCAGUGUCUGAACCAGAAUUUUUAGUUUCAUAUUUCUAUAAUUAUAAUAUUAAGUAUUAUAUAAGGAUAUCUGGUAUACAAAACAAUGAGGGAAUCUAGAUCUGUGUAGAAUUUUGAAAACUAUAGUGGUUAGUAAAAUAUAUUAUUCUACAAGGUACGGGUCAUUUGUGAGAGAUUAUUUGUUUACUUUUCACAACAAAAUUUUUUACAUGAUAAUUGAUAAAUACUCCUAUGAAUAUAGUGCAUUGAAAUACAUUUUGCCAUGUGAAAUAUUUUUGUUAUUUUUAACAGCAUUUGUAAAUUUUUUAAAUACACAAUUUGAAUGUUCGAACAGAUUGAAUUUUGUAAAUAAAUGUAUAUACAUGUACUACUUGAAAUUGAUAUGUAAUUAACCGAAAACAUCUAGUAGAUUGUACAAUCAUUGUGGUGAGCAGCAAAUAAAAAUGUACUAAUUA